GCAUUAUCCGCGUAAACGCUUGUGAUUCGCGUUCGCGGCUUAGCUUCUCGCGCGUAUCUUUUAUACAAAAUCUUCAAUACAAUACUUAAAGUAUUGAAUAAAGAUCAGUGAAGUUUUGGCGGUAGUGAUCAUUUUAAUUGAGGAUUUACAUUAAUUCAGAUGACACCUGAUAUGGCUGCGCAGAAAUAAACAAAAUUGGUUAUAUUAAAAAUGGGAGUUUUAAGAAUAAUUUUCAACAUAAAAGGAUCAAAUAUGAUGAUAUCAAACUCUAAAACAAUGUUUACAGUGAUCGUUUUGGUGUUAGUGAGUGUGGUGAAUGCAAAUGUGAACUCAACGACCAGUGAGGUGGCUAUAGGCAAAUCGCGAAUGUUGUGGCUAAAGACUUUAAUGGAUCAUCAUUAUUGGAUGGAAAUCGUUGACAGUACGCCCCUACCAAAACAAUGUGAAGCAGACUUGAGGCGUUACAUCACAGCAUUGAAUGAUGGCCAGCUAUGGGCUUCAAAAAUAUAUGAUGCUUCUGGCCAGUACAUUCCCAACGUGAUGUUCGGGAGUGACUUUUGGGUGGGAUCCAAAAACGCGUGUCGAGACUUGCAGUUGAAACAGUACUACGCACAGACGCCACCCUUUGCCACCACCUUCUACGUGGCCAAAGUGAACAUCAGUCUCGACGGAGAUCAUCUACCUCAAGCCAGGCUGUCAUUACUCGGAGAAUGUCUGCCAGCUUCCUGCAACUCGGAGGCUGUAGCGAUAUUUCUGGCUAGCGCCGAGAAGACGUUGGGGGCGCGCGCUACAGCUGCAGGCUUUGUUGGCGCUAUCCACACGUCCGACAUACGAAAGGUUCCUGGCGCGUAUUCCCUAUUGUCUGAUUACAAAUUUUACGCACUCAUGACAGUGAUGAGCGCAAUAUUCCUUCUGAUGCUGGCAGCUUCACUAUUCGAGGGUUACUUGGAGAGGAAGUAUCAGCUGGCGGCGGCCGCACGUGACCUUGAGCUGGCCCAUAAUGACACCACUCAGAAAACUAAUAAUAACAAUGUGCCACAAACCGACGAGAAGCGCACAGAAGAUAGCGACAAUAACGACAAAGGCCUUCGACGGGAAACCUGCGGACUUUGGGCUGAAUUAUUGCUGUCAUUUUCGGUACUUUCAAACGGACGUACCAUUCUCAGUAUACAUCGAGCUAGUGAUGGAGCUCUUACCAGUUUACAUGGGAUAAGAUUUCUAUCAGUGACUUGGGUAAUUAUGGUACACACUUACCUUACAGUGUUUUAUAUAGCUGAUAACAAGACUAUGAGAGUUGUCACCGAACGAAACCUAAUGUAUCAAUCCGUUGGUAACGCAUCUUAUUGUGUGGAUUCAUUCUUUUUCAUCAGUGGCUUACUUGUAACAGUCUUGUUUCUGAGAACUGAAGACAAGAAGAAAAAAAUACAAGCCGACAAAAAAGAUGCGAACAAAAAUCUCAACGGUUUCACCAAUUCAGCUUUAUCGAUCUCCGUCAUAAGCCAACAAUCGUUCAAAGACGAUCUGCUCGACAAACCAAAGAACAAAGCGUACACAACAAGAGAAAUGUUAAAUGUCGUUAGAUCGUUCUUUGUGUUAAUUUCAUAUAGGAUUGUAAGACUGACACCAGCAUAUGCUUUCGUAAUUUGGCUGACGCAAAUUUCCUUUACUUAUGUGUACAAUCAGGGCGUAUUCGAACCAGCAGUUAUAGAUCACAUAACGUGCGACAACUACUGGUGGAGGAAUUUGCUAUAUAUCAACAAUUUGUACCCCCAGCGUGAGAUAUGCAUGGUAUGGUCUUGGUACAUGGCAAAUGAUACACAAUUUUAUGUGGUUGGCAUAAUAAUUUUAUUACUAUCAGUAAAGCAUCCAAAGCUGGCAUCAAUAUCACUGGGUGUGGUCCUGGUGAGCUCGUGGAUAACGACUAUUUAUAUCUCAGUGUGGCAUCAAUAUAAAGCGAGAAUACAGGAACCCUUCGAAAUGUUCGACGCACUUUACGAUAAGCCAUGGUCUAGAAUUGGUCCCUAUUUAGUCGGUAUGAUUGUGGGAUGGUACUUGCACAAAACGAAAUGCCAAGUGAGGAUACCGUACUGGCUGGUAGCUGCCGGGUGGAUAACUUCUCUCGCCAUCAUUGGCAGUCUCAUUUUUGGCAUGGUCGACGGCUACUUUGAAGUUUGGCCCACUGCUUUUUACGUCAGCAUUGGACAUAGCGCUUGGGGCGCGGCGUUGGCUUGGGUGGCCAUCGCAUGUUGUUGCGGCUACGGAGGGUUGAUCAACUCAGCGUUGUCGUACCGCGGCUUUUUGCCACUGAGUAGGCUCACUUAUUGUGCCUACCUCAUCCACCCCACUAUCAUGGUGAUCUCAACUUUCCACCUCGAUGGACCACUCCACCUGCAGAACACCAUGGUUAUUAUUACAUAUGCCGGAUAUGCAGUGAUGGCAUUUCUGGCAUCAUUCGCUAUUUCGAUAUCAUUCGAAGCACCAGCCGUGAGACUCAUCAAAAUCGUGAGUGGAGCGGAUAGACCCAGAAAAAGGCAGAGAACUGUAUAGUUUAGUUUAGUUUUGUAUUUUAUAAGGAACAUUAGUUUUGUCGAAGCCGAAAUUAAUUGUGACGCCUAGCGCUGUACCUAUUGCAGUGGUUCUAAAUAUUAUUUUGAUGUUUUUAUAAGAACCUCACCCCAAAUUUAUAAAGAAUAUUUAUCAAAUAUUUUUUGACUGUUUUAGUCUCGAAUGUUUAUUCCAAGUUCAGAAACAUAAUAAGGUAAUCCUUUUA